AUGAAUAACUGUGAGUAACCUAGAAAAGCUAUUGCUGGAUGUCAUCUCUUACUCUUUAUAGCUUUGCAAGCACCACCAGAGUGGUCUAACAAGCGUAGCUUGGAUUUGGGCCACAAGCUCGCAAGUAAGCGCCCUCGCCUUACGACGGAGCCAGCCCCAGAUGGCCAGGAGGAAAUGCGCGCCCUCGCUGGCGAUUAUCUGUCGUCUGUUCCUGUUUUCCUUCUGGAAUACAAGCUUGGCUACGGCCACAACCUGCAGUUCUCCCAAGAUGGAGGAGGGUUUUGCCUUGUCAUACAUGCAUUACCUGAUAAGCUUGCCCGGAUCGCAUACAAGUUCGCGACAUCCAUUCAUCCAUCUCAUGCGGCUGCCUUACAAAGUUUGAUGUACAAAGCGAAAGGACACUUGGCCGUACAGCGCAUGAUGGCAUUGGGGGAGGAGGAUAACGGCGAUCAAUACACCAUUUCUGCCCUCGCCACGCAAACACAGGCUCCGAAGUCCGGCAAAUAUUACGAAUACUUGCAAUAUCUGGUGUCCCGAAGAUAUGGAACGGCCAUUACUCGUGUGUUCUCAGAGGAAAAUGGCAUAUCUGAGGAAGAAUACAUGCGUCGUAACCCAGUAUUCGAUGGUUUCACCAUUGUAGAUUCCGUUGAGGCUCUGAACGCCAUGAACAACAUGUUCCAGUCAACCGCACGCAAGGGAGGACCUCCGGAUUUUAUCUUUACCUACAUCGAUCAUGGCAAACGCGGUCCCAAACUCAACCAGCCUCUUUGGUUGGGCCUUUUCGUUCGUUCACUGAAGCACACUUGGUUGUUGGACCUGAGGAAGAUUGGCAGCCUGAUCAAGUCUGAUGUAGUGUCCUCUACUCCUGUUACUCUGGCUAUACUUCUUGCCGACGGUGAGGUCAAUAAGGUGUGCAAUCAUUCCGCCAGAUUUACGACCGCGAUGUACCAUCAUCUCGGAAUUUCUCCCAGCGCAUUGAUUGAUUUUCUGUUCAUGCAAGAAAAGGUUCACGGCAAGGGGGCCAAGUUUCCUACGGCUUUCGAUACAAUCGGGUCGGCCCAUAGCGUAAAUUGGAGUUGGGUUCAAUGGGCACAUUAUCAAUAUAUGCACAGACUCCGGAAGUUCGAGGAGGGAAUGGAAAGAAUUUCUGAGUUAACGCUAUCUCCCAUGGCAAUGCAGGCCGCUGUUUACCGAGUGCGUGGGAUGCUAACAAUGAUAUGGCAAAUCUACGAUGCACGACUUGGUAUCAGAGAGGAAUUGGAGAUUUUGGAGGAAAUCAAUUAUUCGGUUGCGAAGGCACUUGGUGCUGCUGGUAAACCACCUUCUGAUCCAGAGGAGAGAGGUACCCGGAAUCUUUUACCAUCAUGGCGAUAG